AGUCAUCAAGAAUCAAGAGAAUCAACAUAACUCUACUAAUAACAAUGGAGGCUAUGGAUAUUGUUAUUCCAGAAAAGGACGAGGGAAGUCCCUCGGAGGCUAAACCUUCAAUUCAAGACGUUGAUACAGAAGAUCUAUAUACAAAAUAUAAGAAACUACAACAGAUGCUUGAAUUUCUGGAAGUACAGGAAGAGUACAUCAAAGAUGAACAAAGAAAUCUAAAAAAGGAGUAUCUACAUGCUCAAGAAGAAGUGAAACGCAUUCAGUCAGUUCCAUUAGUCAUAGGUCAAUUCUUGGAAGCUGUAGAUCAAAACACUGGUAUUGUAGGAUCUACCACUGGUUCCAACUACUAUGUUCGUAUUCUAUCUACAAUUGAUCGUGAACUGCUAAAACCUUCUGCCAGUGUUGCUUUACACAAACACAGUAAUGCACUAGUAGAUGUCCUUCCACCUGAAGCAGAUUCUUCUAUAAGUAUGUUAGGAGCUGAUGAAAAGCCUGAUGUUCAAUACUGUGAUAUUGGAGGCAUGGACAUGCAAAAGCAAGAAAUUAGAGAAGCUGUGGAGUUACCACUCACACACUUUGAGCUCUAUAAACAGAUUGGUAUUGAUCCCCCUAGAGGAGUCUUGAUGUAUGGGCCACCUGGGUGUGGUAAAACCAUGCUGGCAAAGGCUGUAGCACAUCACACUACAGCUGCCUUCAUUAGAGUAGUAGGCUCAGAAUUUGUGCAAAAAUAUCUUGGUGAAGGUCCACGAAUGGUAAGAGAUGUGUUCCGUCUAGCAAAAGAAAAUUCACCGGCAAUCAUUUUCAUUGAUGAAAUUGAUGCCAUUGCAACCAAACGUUUUGAUGCUCAGACUGGUGCUGAUCGAGAAGUUCAGCGAAUUUUGCUUGAGUUGCUCAACCAGAUGGAUGGUUUUGAUCAGACUACAAAUGUCAAGGUGAUUAUGGCUACAAACCGUGCUGAUACUUUGGAUCCGGCCCUGCUUAGACCCGGUCGUUUAGACAGAAAGAUCGAAUUCCCAUUGCCGGAUCGUAGACAAAAACGUUUAAUAUUCAGCACUAUCACCUCCAGGAUGAACUUGUCUGAAGAGGUGGAUCUGGAAGAUUAUGUGGCCAGGCCGGACAGAAUUUCAGGUGCAGAUAUCAAUGCCAUCUGUCAAGAGGCUGGUAUGCAUGCUGUGAGAGAAAAUCGUUAUAUUGUAUUGCCCAAAGACUUUGAAAAGGGAUAUAAGAAUAACAUUAAAAAAGAUGAGAGUGAGCAUGAGUUCUACAAAUAAGUAAUUUGACCAUGGAGUUUCAUUAUCAUUGUAUGCAUCAGAAGAAUGUCAAGAUUAAAAUAUUUUGUGUUUUUGGAGUUUUGGCCUUCAAUAUUAGGAACUAUAUUAUUUAGAAUCCAAAAUUUCAAUAACUAUUCUGUCAUGAUCAACUUUAUACCUGCUGAUAACCAAUAAAUUGAGUUUCCACUG